GCGCAGUGUCCGCCAUUGAGGACCCACAAUCAGAAGGGUCAGAAUAAUCGCUUCGAUAGGCAACGGCCGCACGUUCCCUUCAUUCUUGAAUCCAAACUUUGCCAACAUCAUUUCAUUGAACACGUCGCCUACCGUCUAAUAAUAAUAUUUUCUGAUCUUCGUUUUAAUUAAUGGAUGGCAGUAAGAUUCAGAUAUUUUAUAGCAAUUUGAAGUAACCUACCUAGCUGACUUUAGUCCGCUGUAAAGCUUACGAGUGAGGUUAGCUAGCUAACUACCUGGCUAGCUUUAGCUACACGAACUGAGCCUUGCUCUGGGGCAGUGUCGUUUGAUGGAUCCAAGAAUCGCUUGGUUUCAGCCAGAACAACGUGGACCAGCCAACAGCCUGUGGAUGCAGAUUUGGGAAACGACACAAGGACUGGGGAAUCUGUACUUCAAUAACAACUGUAACACGGGUAGUUUGUCUAGCACUUCAAGCCUCAGUCCGAAAUCGAACAUCAACGGGACAUUGGGUAACGUGAUCUCGAGCAAGAACGGAGCUGUCACUAACAGCGAACCCAGGAACCAGGGAAUGUCCAACUCAACGAAAGACAGAGAUGUAAUCGAACAACGAGACUUUAUUCCGUUGGAAGCUAAUAACAACCACAACAACCGUUCAUCGUUGGGGAGGGGCAGCGGAGGGGGGCAAGUGGGUACUCGGGUCUCUGUGGUCGCAGGACACCCCAACAAAAGGAAAAGAGACAACAAGGCUAGCACUUAUGGAUUCAACAGUAGCCUCGAGACCGGAGGCUGUGGUUACAUGGGAACACCAUGGAAAGUCAAGAACUACUCUGAAGGAAUCCUAGGGCUCCAUGAGGAGAUCAAUGACUUCUACAAGUACAUGUCUCCUCGGGCGGAGGAGGAGAGGAUGAGGAUGGAGGUGGUGGACAGGAUCGAGAGGGUCAUCAAAGACCUGUGGCCCACUGCUGACGUUCAAGUGUUUGGGAGCUUCAGCACAGGCCUCUAUCUGCCAACCAGUGACAUCGAUCUGGUGGUAUUUGGGAACUGGGAAAACCUGCCCCUUUGGACCCUGGAAGAGGCCCUGCGGAAGAAAAACGUGACUGACGAGAACUCCAUCAAAGUGCUGGACAAGGCCACGGUACCCAUCAUCAAGCUGACAGACUUCCGCACAGAGGUAAAGGUGGACAUCAGCUUCAAUGUGAAGAAUGGAGUCAAAGCUGCCCUUCUCAUCAAAGACUACAAAAAGAAAUACCCAGUGCUUCCAAAGCUGGUUCUGGUGCUGAAGCAGUUCCUGCUCCAGAGGGAUCUGAAUGAGGUGUUCACUGGAGGGAUCGGCUCCUACAGCCUCUUCCUUAUGGCUGUCAGCUUCCUGCAGCUUCACUACAGAGAAGAUGCCUGCAGCCCCAAUGCCAACGUAGGCGUUCUCCUUAUAGAGUUCUUUGAGCUCUAUGGACGCCACUUCAACUACCUGAAGACGGGCAUCCGGAUCAAAGAUGGCGGCAGCUACGUGGCCAAAGACGAGGUUCAGAAGAGCACUGACCUCUACAGGCCCUCCAUGCUCUUCAUUGAGGACCCCCUAGCGCCAGAUAAUGACGUUGGCCGCAGCUCGUACGGUGUGUUGCAGGUGAAGCAGGCCUUUGACUAUGCCUAUGCGGUGCUCAACCAUGCCGUAUCGCCCAUCGCCAAGUGCUACCCCAACAACGAGUCUGAGAGUAUACUCGGCAGAAUAAUACGGGUGACCCAGGAAGUGGCUGAAUACAGGGACUGGAUCACCAAGCUCUGGGGACCACAGUCUCAGAAUGAACAUGCCCUCAAUGGAAAUGAUGUCAAACUGUUGGUGAAGCCUCAGCAGCUGGACGAGUGCAACAACAACCUGACGGAGGUGACUGCACCUGCAUCUCGCAGCAAGACCUCCAACUCCUCCUCGCCCUCCUCAUUAGCAUCAUCCUCAUCCUCCACGGUAUCCAGUUCCAGCGACGUUGAUUCUGAUGGGACACCCUGUAAGACAGUGAAGCAGCUGCCUGGGCGGGGUUCCAGCGCCCACAGAGAAUCCUCAGGUGGCAUGACCAAUCACAGAACACAGAGCCACACCACCAGCACUCCUACUGGCAACAAGGGGGGCAAGGCCAGGUUGUUCCGCUCGUCCAGUAAAAACACCCACCACGGCCAGCAGAACUCGUCCUCAUCCAUCAGCCAGAGCCACCCGAGCAGCAAGCCACACUACCAGGGCAACGGCAAGAAGAGGAAACCUCAGCAGCACUCAGAGGCCCAGGACCUCUGCAGAUAGGGCCGUCUUGGUCUGCUCAGCAACAGACUGACAGCCUGACUGUCCCACUUCUGCUGCCAGACCCCACACUGACUGAGGAGUAGGAUUAAGGAUCUGUCUUCUCUCGAGCAACACGCAUCUUUUUAUAGCUGAAAAAGAACCCAAAAAAAGAAAUAGGAAAUGCCGGUGCUUAGUUCUUGGACUUGAACUGAAAAUCAUGAAAGAUAUGCUCAUUUUCUUCCUUGACAUAAACAUGUUCUACAGUGGCGCUACACACCACAUCCAGUACCUACAAAUCUUGCCUUUUACCAUAGCGCCACCUGGUGUUUUGGAGGAAUAAGUGUCUGGAAAGUAAUGUGGAUUUUGACGAGCAUACCUGGAACUUGGCUGGCGAGGAAACUUCAGCAAGAAAAGUUUUUAAAAAAAGAAUAAAAGACACAAAUUACAAAAAUUUACAAAAUGUUAUAUUGAAGAAAGAAAAAAAACGUGUACACAGAUUUUUAAAGACUAAACCCAAAAAUGCAAUCUGUAAGUGGAGACGAUAAUACCAUGUUUUUGUUGAUGGGCGUUUAUUUUUUGGUUGUGUAAGCAGAUUAUACAAAGAUUUUGUACAAAAAAAGACGUGAAAAACCUUUGUGGGAAAAAAUGUAUCACAUAAAUAAAUGGUUUCUUAUGACUUUUUACAGGAUAAAACUGAUUCAAGACAAAUGUAGAUGUGCACAUUUGGCUGCUAAGCCGAGUAGUGGCAGGUUUGGGUUCCAUUGCCAA